AUGCUUGUUUUCCAAAAAUUCCCCUCAGGGAAAGGCAGAGAAAUCAAGCAUUUAGUAGAGUGUUUGGUAAACCUCUAUAUUGGGAUCAAAGAGGAAGCUGUGGAGUAUCUGACUGUAAAUAUCAUGAGUGGUGAAGGAAGCUCUGUGCAGGAGGUGGAGAAGAGACAGAUGGGCCGAAGCGGAGCCAUCACCCCCCCUAUUCUGAAUCGUUUCUUGGUACUGAGAGACGGUUCUGUCACGAUGCUCAACAUGUUCUCCAUGCCCAUUUCUGCCCUAAAGAAAAUACAGAACUUGUUACUUUUUGUGUCUAUUAAGUCUGAGGUGCAGAUUGCAGUCUGUUUUUGUGGAUCUCUUUGUAGCUUCCAGCAAGAAAAAAAAUCAAUGAGCGUUUAUAAUGUGUGUGCAGACAGAUGGGAGUGUGUGAGACAGGUGGUUCGGCCUCACGAACCCAUGGCUCUGGCUGUGCAGGAGACCUGUAUGUGUGUGGCCAUUGACAGAUAUUUUCUCUAUGAUUAUCAGAGCCAAACCACCCUCGACCUUUUCCCACAUAACCUGGGAAGACAAAAUAUCAUAGCCAGCAAAUACGGAAGAAAGGAAUUCAUUUUAAAUGGGCCAGGAUGUUUGGGUAAGAUUUCUGAACUUUACGCCCCCACGUUUCUGCAGUAG